GGCGUCACCUCUUGUGCGAACGUGUUACAGGUUGCUGAUGCUAAUCUGGAUUUCAGGUAAGAAUCUUUCUAGAUCCUGUUUAUGCACUCGUCGAGCGAUUCACUAGUGCAGACUUCUGCGCAUGUUGAGCUCCAAGCCUGGUAUAGUCUGCAUAUGAGCAAUAGGUCACUUAGUUCACCUCCCAAACAACAUGGGUAUGAUCUAAUAUAAAAGAAUUAUUUUCAAAUUAAUAAUUAAAGCUCAAGCUUGUCUCGUCGUUUUUUUGCCAACACGUUCUUCUAAACUUCCCAUUAGUAGUUGAUUCAUAUGAUCGAUAUCAGAAGAAUUGUUCAAAAUCUUUGCAUAACCUUGUAUCUGCUGUGAUGUUUACAUUGAUUCGGCGGCGUGGCCGAUUAGUUCACAGAGUGCUGGAAUUGCACUCUGGAAGGCUUAAGUUCGAACAACAGUUGUGAGGUUGUUCUUAGGGCAUACGUGUACAGAAGUAAAUUUGGAAAGUUUUUGUUCAAUUUACAUCCAUGAUCUUUAGGACUGAAUGCACUUAAAAGUAACUUGUCACCCUCGAGGAAGCUCCAUGGGGUCUUUGACCGUGUGAAAACUGGACGUGGACAAACCGCGAGUUUUUUAAAUGUCAACAAACAAAACAAACAUGGCGAUCGCACGAACCUGAAUCAAGCGGCAUUGUAUUAAGCGCUCUCCCUGUAUUAACCAGUCGGUUUUCGAAGUCCCGAAAUUUCCCCUCUUGAUCACUGUAAUUUUCACCUCUGUUGAACGGUUACCUGCGGUCACCUCUAUUGUGCGGCCGCGGUCUUAAAUCGUCGCACACUUGUGUAGAACGGUCCACUCAAAUAAAACUAACAGUACUCCUUAAAACAAAAUAUAUUCCCUGUUCAAUUGUGGCAUAUAAUGGUGUUUUUCAUAGUCUAUUAUGAUAACUCUGUUCUGUGGAACAUGUAUUACGGGAUCACCCUCCCACUCUCUACACAGGUCCAACUGUAUUAAAACGGGGUAAAACAAUGCAGAUUUUUCAUAAUAGAGUCUAGAAUUUACAGUAACUAUACCCAUACUAUGCCUGAAAAAGAGGUCAACAGAAAAGAAAAUACUGGGGGAAAAAUUGUGAAAAGGCAACAGAUGCAAAAGUUAACGAAUGUUCAGAUAUCGAUCAUGAGGAAGUGCUAUUUUGUAACAUGUUGAGGGCUAAACACUGAUGCAUAUCAUAGUCUGCCUAAAACUCUAUGGAGUCCCUUUACUCAGGACUUAUUUUUGCAACUCAUUUUGACUCCACAUUCUUGCUGUCAUAUAUUUUGUUCACUGCAGUCUGCUGGUUGCAGUAUACUGGACCAAGAAAGAGAAAUGGAUGCAGAAGAUUUAAUAGACAUUAAGAUCCCACCUAUUGCUGAUAGUGGAAGUGAAAAUGAAGAUGAGGAUGACCUCAAAGAUUCUUUAUUGGGUGGGGAAGAGCGAAGAGGAAGUGAUCCUGGAAUUAAACCAUCACCAAUGCCUGCGGUGAAUGUUGUCUCUAGAUUUGUCACAUUUUCGUAAGUGAAAUCAUAGAUAAUGUGUUCUUCCUCCAUUCAGAGAAUUAUUCAUAAUAGUGUUAUGAGUAAAGAGAAGGUUGUAAGACUAAGAACUUAAGAGGGGUGUUGUUGUUAAUGUUGCAUUCACUUGCUGGUGACAGGAACAAGUAGGCUCAUGAUCUGUCUAGUUUUUUUGAAGAAUGCUGUUUUGAUUUUUAUUGGUUUCAUGAUACAAAUGGAACAUGCUGCAUGAGAUUACCACAAAACUCCAAAAUACAGCAUGAAAUCGAGUAACACAGUAACAUUGCAAAUCUCUUUGUCCCCUCAAAAUUGGAGUCCUUUCAAAGAAAUCUUCAUGUGCUAUCUUUUUUUCUUAUUUCUGUUAACAGGUGGCUUAAUCCUCUCUUGUCCCAAGGAAGUAAAAAACCUCUUGAGGCAGAGGACCUGUAUGGGCUUAGAACACAAGAUUCUACUGGUGAACUUGGAGAUAAGCUUCAAAGGUAAAUCUCUAAAUGUUUUAUAUUACAUGUAUGUUAACUGAUUCUUAAGAGCUCCUCUCUAGUGUGAGACUGAGAUAGCAAAAUUUAAUAUACUGGUACAUGUUUAUUUAAUUUCAAACUCCAGAUAUUACAUUUCUAGUGUUCUGACAACUGGGGUUGUGACAAAUCAUAUACCAAUUCACUUGAUAAAUUAUGGAAAAUAAUUCUACCAAGUAUUGUCACACUGUAACCUGAAUUACUUUUGGCAGGAAGCAAUUACUUUUGCUAGGCACUAAACUAUUGAAUGGUACAUAUCUUUGAAGUUCCACUCAAAAAUUUUGCUCUUGAUAUCAAUUUUUUCAUGAAAAAGUGUCACUAAUGGCUUAAUUAACUCUAACUCAUUUUUAUAAAAUUUCUGAUAUUGUGCAGUUUCUCAACCAAAAAGCCUGCCAAAACAAACAGUUCAACUGCUCAAAUAUGUGGAUCUCUUUUGGAAUACAUUACUGUUGCAAAUUUAAAAGGUACCAUGGGAAAAGUAAUUGAUGCAAAUUUUUUUUCCCAAAACCAUCAAUAUUCUAAUGGUAGGACACUGAGUUUUUAGAGAAAGAAGGCUAAAGGAGUGAUGUCAUUCUUGACGCACAUGAAACUUUUUUCUUCUGGUAAAUUAAAAAAUUCAGGUGUAAAUGUCAAGGUACUCUUGGUAGUCUUCUAAAUCUAAAUACUGCAUUCCACCUGCCUCCCUCUGGAAAAACAUGGCCUUGAUAGAAAAAACCAUCAAUGUUCUAAUGGUAAUGUAAACAUAAGUUUGGGUUAAAAAGCCUUAUUUAUUACUGCAACAUAAACAGGGCAGUUACAUGUUCAAAAGGACCGAAGAAAUAUCCUGAAUGCACAUAUCGUUAUAUAAUCAUUGGUGGUGGGCUCAUUGUGAUAAGUUCAAUUGCAUGUGCCUAUGUUUGUUGCUUCUAUAUAGCCAGGUAAUUUAUGCUGUUAUGCUUCUAACAGCAUUUCGUCACAGUAAGACAUUAAAUUUUUAAGGGACAAAGACUAAAGGAGUGAUGUCAUUAUUGAUGCACAUGAUGCUGUGUUCUUCUUGUAAAUUAAAAAAUUCAGGUAUAAAUGUCAAGGUACUCUUGGCAGUCUUCUUAGUCUAAAUACUGCAUUCCACCUGCCUCCCUUUGAAAAAACAUGGCCUUGGUAGAUUAUAGAGUUCAGGUACUCAUCAACAAGGAACCUUUUCAACACUUGUUUGUUUGUAUCUGAAGGGAGUGGAAGAAAGAGCGAUAUCUGGCAGAAGAUAAUGAGAAGACCCCCAGCUUAUCUCGUGCCAUUGUGAAGGCAUUUGGAAUGGGAUACUUGCGUCUAAGUGUUUUUGCAAUCAUAAUUGUGAGUACUCUUAAUUUAUUCCUGAAUUCUCGUUUGGGAUUUUAAAGCUACAUUUAUGAUGCAGGUAUGGAUUUAAAUAUACACAAUAGUAUACCUGCAAAGAUAUAUUUUUUCUCCAGCUAGGGCUCAGGACUAAACCACAAUUGGUCAUAGUGUCACACACUAGAAUUAAUUUUUUUAUUUCUUAAAUAUUAGUAUUGGCUCAGUAAAUUUGAAACAUUUCAGAGUCUGUAUUGUUCCAAAAAGGCAGUUACAUGUAUAUACCACAGACAUUGAAGCUGGUGCUUUUUAUUGCCUCUUUUUGUGAGUAUAUUUAUUAGUUUAAAAUAUCUUUAGACUGAAAUGAUUGUAAACUGUAAGUUUAAUUGUAUUUUCCUCUCGACAAAGAACUACAGUAUGUAUUUUGAACAAAGAAAAAAAGAUCCUUUGUAAUAUUUUCAUCUGAAAUUCAUUUUAAGCUACAGCAAAAAUUUGAGUGGUAAUUUAUUCUUUUGUAGGAUGCUUUAAGAAUCAUUCAACCCAUAUUUCUUGGUCUACUCAUUGGUUAUUUCAAUGAAGAAACCACAACAACACAGAAGGAAGCCUUUUUGUAUGCUCUAGCAGUGUGUCUGUGCAGUGUCAUGUCUAGCUUUCUCAUGACCCCGUUCACAUUUUUACGGCAGUGCUAUGGUAUGAGGGUUAGGAUUGCCUGUACAUCUCUUGUUUAUGAUAAGGUAAUUAGGGUGUAAAACUCUGUUGCAUCUAGGGACUAUCUUUAACUACUGCUAUUCAUGUCAGGAUCAUAUGAGUGUUACAUUUUGGACAAAGUUUGUGAAAUGAAGCUAGAAGUAAUUACAUGACAGUUUGCCUCACAAAAAUUCUACUGACUGGAAAAUUGUAUGCUAUGACUUACUUGAAUUGAAAUAAGAUCACAGUUAUGUUGAUCUGCAUUCCUGUGUUUUAUCCCAGGUGCUUAAGCUCAGCAAUGCAGCAUUGGCUAGUACAACUACUGGAAAUAUUGUGAACUUGGUUUCAUCAGACACUCAGAAGUUUGACUGGGUUUGUAGCAUGUCUGUUAUGUGGUGCUGAAUGUUAUUCAUGAUGUAUUAUGUGAUGAGCACAUUUCAUUUUCCCUUGGAAGGCUUGUUUCUUUCUCCACUACCUGGUCCUUGGUCCUUUAGAAGCUGUUGCUGUACUUGGACUACUGUGGAGAGAGAUUGGUGCAUCAUCAUUGGCUGGGAUGGGUCUCCUGUUUGUCAUGGUACCCAUGCAGAUUAAAAUGGGCGAUGCUCUUAUGUAUUUCAGGUGGAUAUAUUUCAUAGCAUGCCUGUUUUAAGUGGAAUUCUGUUUCUGAAACAUGCUUCUAGGAUAGCACAAUUAUAUAAUUGAAAUAUUAAUUAUCUUUCUCUGUAAUAUUCCUUUUACCUUAACUGUGUCAGAAACAAAAUGCUUACCUCUUCUUAGAUCAUCACAACCUUUAUUUGUUCUGUAAUUUGCCUUGGGCUAUGCACAUACUAGAACAAUUUAUUGCCUGACUACUCCCUAAAUUGGAUCCUUUGAAUUCUUGUUACUAUAAUGUAUCUUUGAUAAUAGUAACACCCCAAUUUUUAUAUUCAUAAGACGCCAAGCUUCAAGUUACAUUGAUGAGCGUGUUAAAUUGAUGAAUGAGGCAAUUAGUGGAAUGCGAGUAAUAAAGUUGUACACCUGGGAGGAUUCCAUUUCACAAUGGAUCAGGAAAAUAAGAAAGUAAGAACACCUGCACACAGUAAUAAUUAUUUUGGGGACCUUCUAGAAGGAAGUAGAGUUGACUUACUAGCAAUCAGACACGAAACACAUAGACCAAAGUACAUGUAUCUCAUGGUCAUAAUUAAGUUAUUUUUUUUGUUUUACCUUAAGGAUGAAUGAGCAAUCUAUCAAGUAUUAUUGAAUGUCACUUAAGCAAUUAACUUUAGCUUGUUAAGGAUGCAAACAUACAGUACCUUUGCACUGACAAAAUUCAUGUAAAUAAGUGGAGAAAAAGUAUUUAUUAUAUUUACUGUCACUUUUUGUGUUGAUUUAAUCUUAUUUUUUGAGUUUUUGGGAUCAUGCGCUGUACAAUGUAUUGGGGUAGAAGUGCAUACACUUUGAGCUCAAUAUCAUGUUGAUGCUAUUUGUUUUCUGGAUUAUCUCUGAAUUUUGUUUUAUUGAAUGUAGGGUUUUCAGUAAAAGCUAGUUACCUAUGGUCUCUUGCCACCUUUUUGAGACCUCUCAUCACUGUCUGUUUAGCUUAGGAGCAGGUCUUCUGUUCGUAUUUAACCUCAAAGCACCGCUGCCUAUUACACCAUUGGCAGCUGAGUAUGAAAGAAAUUGUUAUGAAGCCCCUGAAUGUUACUCUCUCCCAUUAUGAAAUUAUGGACUAGAGAGUAACUUGGUUCCUUAAGUGUCUUGUGGAAUGAUAAUUUCUCUUUCCUUUUCAGCACUGAACUCUCCUGGUUUCGAAAGCUGGCCUUUGUGCGUGGCUCAUUUUUGUCAUUCUUCUUUAGUUCUUCAGUGCUAGUGACAUUUGUAACAUUCAUGACGUAUGUGUUGACUGGCCACAUUUUAACUGCUCAGAAGGUCUUCACUUGCCUGUCUUUGUUCAAUUCUGUUCGUAUAGUAAUGACGCUGUUUUUCCCUAUCGCUAUAACUCUUAUGAAUGAAGGAAGAGUUUCCAUUGAAAGGAUGCAGGUAUGUCUAAGUUAGAAACUGUACUCUUCAGUAUUAUUAAUUUCUUUUUAAGGAAAGCAGGGUCAUAUUAACGCAGAUGCAUAGAAAUGGAGCCUUUUUCUAAAAGUAAACAUAAUCUAAUAAAUGUAUCACCAAAAUUUGAAUGCUUCGCAGGAUGAAAGAAAAUUUCUUUUGAAAUAACAUAAACAACUUGCUUUGAAUUUCCAUUAGAAUUUGAUUCUUAUAGGGAAGAGUGUAAUACAUGUAACAUACUGGCUACCAUAUUGGAUUUUAUUUGAGGGAGACAAAACAGAGCUCUCAUGUUUUUGUUUCUUCUAUUGCAUCAUUGAUCAUUGAUUUUGAGGAUGAGAAGUGUGUUCUCAUUAUCUGUACCAUGCAAUGAACCUUUUAAAAAAAAGAGAACAAGGAAAGGUCAAAGACUAAGUCAUAUUUUUGGUAGAUUUCUAGAAGUGUUCCAAUGGUUGCAGUAACUCUGAAUUUUGGUGAUAACUUACAGUGUGGCCGUAGUUUUUUUUUUUAAGAAGACAUACAAUGUCAUGUAGUCUUGCAUAUACGUUAUCCUUGGUUUGCAAAUUAGGUCAUAAAAGUCCAAAAUAACAAGGGCUAAUACAGAUUUUCCACUGAAGAACAAAAGACCUCCUGAACAUUAACCUUUUGGUAAGGUUUCAGCGUCAUGGGGUUCUCCAUUUUAAAAAAAGGGCCAUUAGAGAGUGACCAGGAAAGCUGAUACGUUUGUAAAUUGUAAUUUUAUCAUCUGACAUUUUGUUCCCUAGGCAUUAAAAACAUUAAAAAAUAUGUGAAGAUGUGGAUAACUAAUCACUUUAGUUGCAAAACAACACUUCAAAAUAGCCUCCCCAUACUGAGCUCUAUAAAUUUUUGUCGGACAUUUUGGCAAACAACUCAGCAGCAAAAAACCCUGCAGACCUGAAACUUGGGCAAAUUGUUUAGUUAUCAGUCAGCUACAAUAGUUUGCCCUGCUAGCAUCAGGCAUUCAGUAAUUAGAUUUUGAAUGCAUGACAGUGCAAACCAAGGAUGGUUUACUUAAUGCUCACAUACCUUAGUCUCUGCCCUUUUUGUAUUGCGAAUUACAAAACAGUAGUGCAAAAUUGCAGCUUCAGUAAGAACAAUGCAACUACUGUAACUGAAUUUGUCAAAAGUUGUCAUACUCCUUUGUUGAAUCUUACUGUCAGAAAGAAAAAUGAUGCAGCUGCUUUUGUUUAAUGAUGUUAUUUUCUGUGGAGUCUCACCAUCCCAAAACUACAAGACACCAAUAACAUGCAAUCCCAAAAAUGCUUGAGAUGGUAUUUACAAGAGUAGAAUGAAAUCAAGGGUUCUUGUGAAUAGCCACCGCCUUUUUUUUUUUUUUUUUUUUUUUUUUUUUUUUUUUUAGAGACUACUUCUCCUAGAUGAGUUGCACUCUCAUGGUUUGGUAACUUCAAAUUUGAGACCAAAACCUGAAGAUUGUGGUAUUAAAGCUGAAAAUGUGUAUGCCAGUUGGAAUAAGGUAUGUUUUUCCACAUGUCAUAGAAAAUUCUUACCAUAGACUACAUAAAAUUAUUGAACAACUAAAACUAGAGACAAUUGAAGAUAAUCCCACAGCACUCUCAUAUUUACUUAAAAUACAUAUUGUGUACAUGUACCUUUUUGACUAUACAUGUGUUAAAGUUUCACAUUCAUUCUAUAUCUUUUUGGUAACAAUAAUUUCUGUUACGAAUUUUACAGAAUUUAGUAAAACCAACCCUCAGCAACCUUAACUUUGAUGUAUCUCAGGUGAGCACAAAGUUGGUCCCCUAUUGUCUAUUUUUAUAUUUCACCCUUUUAUUUCAUUUAUUUUUAAUCUGAAAGCAUUAAUUUUUUUCUCAAAGGGUGAACUUCUAGCAGUUAUUGGAGCAGUAGGCUCUGGAAAGGUUAGUUUAUUACUUUGUGAGUCUGAUGAAGACUUUUAUCCCAAAAUAUUAUUAUAUGAAUUGGUAGUUUCUGAGAAAAAUCUGAAAAUACAUGCAAUUGUUAUUUUCCAUUUACAGUCAUCUCUCUUAAUGUCCAUUCUGGGAGAGCUCCCUUUGACUGAAGGUCAAAUUACUGUGAGGGGAAAAAUUGGCUAUGCAUCUCAACAGGCCUGGAUUUACAAUAGUUCUUUGCAACAGAAUAUUAUAUUUGGCAGUGAAUACGAUGAAAGCAGAUACAGUGAAGUGAUAAAGGCAUGUGCCCUACAAAAGGUAUGCAUGCUCUUCAUUCAUAACAAAUUUUUGUACCAUUGUCUAUUUUUAGUUGAGCCAUGUUUUCAUUUAAGACUUACAGAGUUGUAUUCGCUUAUUAUGACACUGAGAAUGAGUUCUUCCCAAAUGGUUGAGAGUUCUGCACUGUCAGUGACUUUGCAUAAACGUUUCUAGGACAACCCCAGUACUCCUUACAAUCAUUUAUAUGAUAAAUGAACAGCUUCAGGAGGGGGACUGGGUGUGAGUGUUUGUGGCCACAGGGGAAAUUGUUGUGUUGUACAGUAGCUCAGCUUUCUCUUUUUUUUUCUCCCAAGGAUAUUGAUCUGUUGGCAGAUGGGGACAUGACUCUUGUGGGUGAGCGAGGUGUUUCCUUAAGUGGAGGGCAAAGGGCAAGAGUUAAUUUAGCAAGGUUGUUUUUAAUGUUUGAGGAAUCUGAUUUUUUAGAAUUUCUUUUAACUAGAGAGUAUAAUUUUGUUUUAACAGCAACCAUUUGUCAUUCAGAGCUACAAUGUAUGUAUUCUUGUGUCUCAAUACCUACAGAAAAAUUUGUCCAAUAAAGGGAAUAAAUUUAAAGUUUUCAUUUGGAAGAACACAAAAUGUUUACUUUAUAAAUUAUUUAACAGUUGUUUACCAAAGUGAAGGUGAAUAGUGGUUGCUAUUUACCAAGCCACUAAACAGCAAGGUUAAUAUCCAUUACUUUCUCUAACACUGAGGUGAAUAUUUGUUUUAAUAUACCGAAAAGUUAGUUUAUUUCUUUGGAUAUACCAAAAAAUGGUCAGAAAUUAAAUUGAUGAUGCAUGUUUUUUUUCUCUAUGGCAGCUUGAAGGUAGAUAGUACUUGCUAAUCAUUUGCAAACCAGCCAAUCAGUGCACUUGAAAAGUACUAUUUACCUAUGUGGUACAUGUAUAUACUAACUUGGAUAGUUACAUCUUCCAGUUAAUACAUGGAAAUGCUAGAAUUGCUUUGUAUCCCAUUUUCAUUCUCUAUAGUUUGCUUUUUUCUCCUCAUCAGUGUCAUACUGUGAAAGCAAAUGAUUGUGUUGGCUCACUCUGUUAUCAACUCUUACUUUGUAUUCUCAGGGCUGUCUAUGCUGAUGCAGAUAUUUACAUUAUGGAUGACCCUCUGAGUGCUGUGGAUGCAGAUGUUGGAAGACAUUUGUUUGACAAGUAAAUUUACUACAUCUUUCUGUUUUCUAGUGCUGAUAUAUAGCUGUGUAGAAAAGUUUUAUUGAUUUGAAAAUGUUUGUAGUGAAUACAUGUAGUCUUCUUGUGAAUAAUACAUACAAUCAUUCAACUCUCGCCUUGCAGACACCCUCUACUAUGGACUUUCACCUUUACAGUAUUUUGACCCAUAUUCUAAGAAUUAUAAAUAUCAAAUGUGCGCUACAAAAGCGAAAAGAAGAGAAUAGUGAUAACAAUACAAGAAAUAAAAAAACUGGAAAUUUCUGAGGAGUAUACAACGAAACACUGGGUCAUUUUAAUAACCUGCCGCUAUUGCGCGCAUCAGUAGUGAGGCUUGAUGUCUGCCGUAACCGAGCACGUAACUGUCUCCUUCAUGUCCCUUUUAGUCUUGUAUUUAAUUUUGCCUUUUUGGGAUAGUUCCAUCACCUCUUUACAGUUUAUGACGAAAAGGUGUUAUAAGAUAAAAUUUACAAAAUUCGUUUAAUCAGUAUCUUGACAGAUGCAACCUACCAAAAACGUUCCCGAUGUUUAGCUACUCGUAAGAUUUCAAAUGAGCUUCAAAACACCUUAUUUUUUCCUAACUGAACUUUCAGCAAAGUUUCUAAAAUAAAGUUUAAGAGGCUCAGAGUCAUCUUUGAUUAUAAUGCCUUUGCUCUAUAUUUUGCUUGUCUGUUUCUAGGUGUAUUUGUGGACAUUUGGCUCCGAAGCCUCGUAUCUUAGUCACCCAUCAGCUGCAGUACUUGAAGGAAGCUGAUCAGCUGCUUGUUUUGUCAGAUGUACGUAUGUUAUUCCAUGUUCAUGAUUUAUUUAAAAACUAAUUAAAAUAGUACACUAUUCCAUAGUCAAGGGAGUGUAACGGUAAUUAGUAAUUAGUCCUUAUUUUAGUAAUAUCGAAAGUGAUAGUAUUGCGUUAACCUCAUGAUAGUAGGGGUAUCAGCCGGUUUCGCUACUUGUCGAGUACGCUACCUUCGAGUUCGCGACAUGUUCGCUACUUACAUUCCGAAUUCGCUACUUACUUCAUUCUACUUCCACGAUCUUUUAGAAACAACAUCUUGUAGAACCAACAUCUUGUUUCAAAGAAACCUGCCUCACUCAACCUGAAAUGGGCGCCAUGUUUUAGCAUAUUAUCGUGGUUAUCAUCGAGCCCGCGCACCUUCCGUAUUUUUGCCUUGCCGUGUUAAAGUGACAUAAUAGUUGAACAAUUGCCAAAUUGUUUACCGGGGCAGUGUCAUCUUACCUUCUUCAGAGCUUAAUUUGAAAUAAUAAAUCUUGGUUGUUUUGCGGCCGUAUUAUUAAUGAGCAGCCCAUUUUAAUUUGGAGUACUGUAAGUGACCAUAACUCGAGGUUUCGUUAACAUAUCUGUAUUUCACUUUUAGCUCCAAAACUUUUUUUACUUUCGUAAAAGUAUCGUAAUCUCUUCCUGCAAUAUUUGCAAGCAAAUUACAAAAAGAUGUAAUGAAAGAUUAGAAAUGAUUUUAUCAUCUGCUUUGGAAACAAUAAUUUUUUAUCUUGAAGGGUGACUGCAUCGGUCAGGGUAGUUACCAAGAACUUGCUAAAUCUGGCUUUGAUUUUAUGGCAUUACUGAUUGAGGAAGAGGACGAUGAUUCUGCCAUUGAAUCUGAAUCUGAUGAACCAGGAGUAAAGCGGUCAUUUAGCCGGCUCCAAAGUCAACAUGGGUUCUCCUUGGGUCGCUCAGACAGUGUUCAAUCACGGUCUUCUCACAGAACAAGCUUUAUGCUGGAAAGCCAGUUAUCAAUCAUGACAUCUGAAACUGAAGUAUCCAUUUUCGUAAGUUUUGUUUGGAUGAAUUGCUACCUUCUAAUUAAUCCCAGAACACAUUUCUCAGCAACUGUAAAUUUGAUAUUUUCUUAAAGGACGAGAAUAUCCUUCCUAAAGAGACUAAGCAAGAAGGUGCGGUGACACGGGACACUUAUGUUCAGUAUUUCAAGUCAUUACACAGCCUGAGUGCCUCUCUUUUUGUGGUGCUCCUGUUUGCAAUAACACAGGUAAAUCAGAGUGCGUUUCGCGUUUGUGAAGUUUUUAAGUGGUUCUCAGUGGAGUGCCAUAAUAGUAAGGUGAAGUUAAUCACAACGACCUAUGAGAAAAGAAAUGAAAUACCAUGGGAAACCCGUGUAAAUUCCAAGUAAGACCUUGUUAACGACCCUGCGCACGGGAAUAACACAAGGGACCAAUUUCGGGUAUUUUUUUAAAUUUGCUUCUGAUUGGUGUAGAGGUUGAACAAUCACAGUUAAUCAGACUUAUGCUUUCCCUGAUUUUUUCUGCAUUCUAGCAAAAACUGCUCUUACUAACACCAAGUGAAAAGUUAUUCUCAUAUGCAAAUAGCAGAUUAACAAACCUUGUUUUCAUGCCUUGUUUUCAUCUUUUCUUAUGAAUUUUUAAUUUUUUCACUCAUUCGUAACUUGUUGCAAUGUUAAUAAUAUAUGAAACUGAAACAAUAAGUAUUCAUUUUAGUUUAGUUUUCAAUCUAUAACUUGAACAAAAGAUUCACAUUGCGGAAAGCCAGGAUAAAAUAAGUUAUUUAAUUUAAACCUCAUUUCUUCCUCAGGUUGUCUUUAUGUUGUCUGAUGUAUGGUUGUCUUAUUGGUAAGAUUUCCUUCUUCACCGUUGUUGAUUAAUACUCAGACUGCUCCACCGCAUUACACGAUGACAGUAAAAAUGAGAAAUUUUUGCCACUCCUGGAAUUUCCAGAAGUGGCAUUUUCCUGCGUUGCAACUUUGAAAAUAUUAAUUAAUGGAGCCAAAAUGAUGGUAAUGCCCGUUUUGAACGAUUAGGAAUUAAAAUUUUCAUUUCUUUUUGGCUGUAGGUGUAAUGAAGAGGAGAAGUACCUGUUGGCAACGUUUGAUACACACAACACUUCCAGCUCCAGUCAAGGACAAGAACUCAACCGCGAUUUGUAUCUUGGCAUUUACUCCGUGUUUGUGAUUUGUCUACUUUUCUUUACGUUACUUAGGACUCAGCUCUUCUUCAAACUCACUAUUGUGGCGUCAAGAAAACUCCACGAGAAGAUGUUUAAUGCUCUCUUGCGGGCGCCAUCUUAUUUUUUUGACACAAACUCAAUAGGUGAGAGCAAGUGUGCCUGUGUGUGCACUUUUUACGUUAUCACAAUGUUAUAGUUAUUUUGACAAAUUGUCAGUAUGGACUGCUGUACUGCUUUGGUAACUCUACAGUUGUCCAUAUUCUGUUAAGUUAUUUUAGAACACUUUUCAUGCCCCAGCUUACUGAAUUCCUUCAAGCAAAUCUGUCAUCUGUUCUUCUCUAAGGAGCAAGCAGUGUGGAAAAAGGCAAAAUAAAUACUUUUAAUACAUUGGGCACAGUUUUUGUGUACAAAAUUUUAUACAAAAGUCGUAUUUAAAUUUAUUUGUGGGUCAAAAUAGUGUUUACACUGAGGUAGUGUUGCUAACCAGAUUAUUAUUGUCCUAUUAUUAAGGUCGCAUUCUAAACAGAUUUUCUAAAGACAUGGGAUUUGUUGAUGACAUGAUGCCGUUCACUUACUGUGAUUUUCUACAGGUAAAAUAUUUCUUAACUAAAAGUAUGCAAUGACUAAUAUCAAACUUUAGACAGUGACACCCAACUAACCACUAACUGGAUAAGGAGGAAGCCAAAAGCAAUAGCAUUUGACAAUGAUAUUCUUGGUCUCUGAAAAAUUAAAAGUGUAUAUCUUAAAGUUUAUUUUGAUAGGGGCUAUAGCACUAAUUAUGAUCAAUCAAAAAUUUUCGCUGGCGAGUUAUUGGUCUAAACGCAUCGCGUGACCGAAUAUUCCCAUUCUAAAUCUGGGGGAUAUCGGAGAAUAUACCUUGAGUGAUAUUCCCUAACUUUCAAUCCUUACGUCCAGUUCGGAAAGCUCUGCGUUUAAAAAUUAAUGAAAGAUGAGGAAGCGUUGUGUGUUUGUUACUGUAGAUGAAACGUGUUUUUUUCUUUUGCUCAUAAAAUCGUACCAGAGAACACUGAAAAGUGAACAUCCCAAGCCGUAAACGGUAAGCUGUUCGUAAAGAUUUUUCCUGCGCGUUGCGAAAUAUUUUAGGAAUAGUAAACUCGAUAGCCUCCCUUUGGCUCGGAGAAAAUGCUCGUGUGUUUGUCCUUGGACAUCAUCUGUUGUUCGAAGCUCACAGUUUUCCUCGAGCUUCGUUCUCGGAAAACUGUUUCUAUCUCAGAACAGAUAGUGUCCGUGGGCAAAUAGUCGUGCAUAUUUUCGCCCCAAAUGGAAGCUAUUGUUCAUAAUUAUAUACUUAAAUCUUGUUUCUAAGAUAGAAAAGAGGCAAUCAAUGUAAUAAUUAUGGUGAAUUUUUUCAGACUUUGUUCGUUGUUGUUGGGAUUUUGGCGUUAGUAGCCAGUAACAAUCCUGUUACAUUUGCUGUUGUCAUUCCCAUCGUGGUUGUGUUCUGGUACCUAAGAUCAUACUACAUGAAGACAUCUCGGGAAGUGAAAAGAAUCGAGGGAAUAAGUAAGUAAAUUUGUAUAUUUUGAUCAACUCGUUUCCUUCAUAUAACUCAGGCGGCAUGGAAAGCGAGCUGUAUUCGUGAUGAUAAAGUGAGACUUCUACCAUAUUUCUUUCCUAUCAUUUCUCUAUCCCCCACCUCUUGUGCCGGAGCUGAUUAGGCAUUAAGAAAGUGCGUAUGAGUCAGUUUUUUUAUAUGGAGAAAAUUAGUGCUUGAGUACAGGAUGAGCCAAAUGGUUUUUCGAGUACAAGUACACAUUCCUGAUUCUGAUACAGCUCUAUAUUUCACCGCAUGCAUUAUUCGGACAAAAUUUUAAUAAGGUUUCCAUUGAAGUCAAUGGGAAUAUAUUCCACACUCAUUAAAUCAACAAAAUGUGUUUGGUACCCUGUGUACCUUGUCUUCCAUUGGCAGAGCAUUUUGUUAGAAAUUAUGUGUGGAUAUUAUGUGUGAUAAAGUCGUCACCGAUAAUAAUAUCUGUGCGGUAUGGUGAUAUCAUUUUACUCCAGCAAGAUAUCACCUCGUGAGUCGAAUUGUCCAAUCAAAAAUAUAUCUUCAUUGGGUGGACUUAUCGAAUUCGCAUGUUAAAAUCUUUGUGGGAAACAAUCAGAUGGCUGACGUCUUAAUAAAUAACCUUCCUCUUCAACCAAAACGGUGCUCUUCCUAUAAAGGUUUUAGAAAAUUCAUGAGAUAUUUUCGCUCUUGGUUGUUCAAAUGUUCCUGUUAAAAUCGGGGAAUAUUCAGCGAUAUUCCCUAAGUGAUAUCCCUCAAUUUCAAACCUGGUUCCACAGCGUACAGAUAAUGUCUACAGACAAAUGUCCCAGAAUGUUUUCAAACUAAAUGGAGGCUAUUGUUUAUAAAUUGCCCUCUCAAGCACAUAAAAAAAUCAUGUUAUUACUUGUGUACAAGGCAGCGUUUUAGCGCUCCCUCGCGUGUAGACUCGCUCAUUCUUGAACAUGCGAUUAAAUAUAAUUGAAUAAAUACGACGUCAUGUUACGUAUCGUUGACCAAGACUCUGCUGUUAUCUUGCAGGCCGUAGUCCACUAUUCGGUCAUUUUUCCACCACUCUGUUAGGUCUGGACACUAUUCGUGCAUUUGGCGUGGAGGAGGUAUUUACGGAUCAGAUGAACUCCUAUCAAGACGCACACACAAGGGCCUGGUUUACCUUCAUCUCAACUUCAGCAUGGCUCUCUUACAGGCUUGACGUACUCUGUGUUAUUUUCAUCAGUUUUGUGGCCUUAGUAUCUCCUGCUCUGAAAUCUUGUAAGUGUUACUUAGAUUUUAGUUUCGUAUAUUACGUAAGCUCAUUUGCGUGGUAAGCUAAUAUGGGAAUUUUAUAGAACAAAAGUCCUUCAGGACUGACUUGGACACUAACGUGGCUGUCAUUCUGUUGUUUGGGUGACCGAGACGCUGCGAUGUCAUGUGAAAAUAAUCUAUUGAGAAUCACUACUUAUGUAUCUCCUUUAAUUCAGUACAAUCAAGGGAAAGGUUUUCCUCGGAUUUUCCAUAAUAAGCAUACAUUGAGACGUAGAUUCCCUUAGGUUUUAUCGAUAUGCAGAUCUGGUAAUGAGCUCUUCUGUAAACACGACCUAGGUCAGGAAAAAGUGUAAUAUUUCUUUUAGGUCAGGGGAAAGUCAGGGAAUUUCACUUUGAAUCAGGGAAAAUUUAAAUAUUUGAAAGAAGUCAGAAAAGAAAAAAUUUCAAGUAAAUAUGAAGUCCAGGAUUUGAGGAUUUCUGCAAGUGGAGGUUGGAGGCCAUUAUCUUAUCCAUUAUCAGGACUCUGUUUUAAAUUUCAAAACCUAAGAAUAUGGCAGCCGUUAUAAAGUGGAUUUGUUGUACAAAGUUAAUUAAGUUGAGCUAAACUGUUCUCCGACUAUUUCACUCUUUAAGCAAUAUUGUCGUAACAGUACCAGGCUGAAUAUCAUAUCCAUCUAAGAGCGGUUUGGAGAAUGGCCCCUGUUUUGUGCACAAUGGCUUAGUGUAAUGUGUUACUAUUAACUACGCAUGAAACAGAACUCAUUUGAAUUUUGCAGCUUUGAGCGCUGGUGUGGUAGGUCUUACGCUAAGUUACGCCAUUAAGAUAUCAGGUGUGUUCCAACAGUGCGUCAAACAAAGCGCCGAAGUUGAAAAUUUGGUGAGUGCGACCAACUGGUUACUUUUCAUUAAUGAUGCAUUGUUUGAUAGUUAAUCAAGGGGUAAGCGCGUUUUAGGGUGCUUAGAAUUUUGGUUUUGUUGUCUUCACAUAGAUGACGUCUGUUGAGCGUAUCCUGGAAUACUGUAACCUGGAAUCCGAAGCCCCUAGAGAAACAGAUACGAAACCUCCUGACGGCUGGCCACCUAAAGGAAAAAUAGAAUUCGAGAAAAUGAGCUUUAGAUAUCACAAAUCUUUACCCAGAGUGCUGCACAGCAUAUCGUGUUCUGUUCAACCAAGUGAAAAGGUAAACAACGCCCUUUGGACUCCUCUUUUCCUCUUUUCGUUUCUUUUAUAUAAAAUAUAAGAACUCAUCUUUAUUACAUUUCGAGUUAAAAAAAAACGGCUGUGGAAUAAGGCUGAGUUUUAAAUUCAUAAGUAAAAUAUAUUAGGACAAUAAUGAAGCCAUGCCCUUUUAUGAUCUGUAUUUGAUCUAUUUGUCAACAUUGUAACCAUUAACCUGCACUUCACGUAAUAUCUCUCGUUAACUUAGCCGUUUAGCUUAUUUUGCUACAUUGUAAGUGCUCUUCAAUGAUGUUUUAUGGCAUGAAUUUAUUUGACUUUAGUCAUGAACACCCCUGAUUCAGUUUAAUGUACACCAGUUCUCUCUAUAAAGCCACUUAACCAUACCCCCAGAAUUUUGUUUGAGAAGAAUAAUUUUUACGACAAGAACAACAAGAGCAGCAGCAACAACAAUAUGGAAGGUAUUAGCAUUUUAGGUGCGGAGUGUUAUUGUGACAAAAACCUUCUUGGUUCAUGAUUUUAGAUAGGUGUGGUGGGGCGCACAGGUGCCGGAAAAUCGUCCUUGCUAUCCACCUUGUUCCGCCUGGCAGAGCCAACUGGUGUCAUAAAAAUUGAUGGUAUUAACAUACAGGAAAUUGGGCUGAAAGACCUGAGGAGUAAACUGUCCAUCAUACCGCAGGUUAGUGGCGCGGGAGAAGUGUUAUGUAAGCGUGCAUAGGCAUACGAAGUCUCUCACUCACCUUUGACUCAUCUUUGUCAGUCCAGAGGGAAUUUUGAACUCUGAUGUCUAUAUAUUUUUUCACUGAAUGUUUUGUUUCCUUUUUAGGAGCCUGUUCUUUUCAGCGGCACCAUGAGAAGAAACAUUGAUCCGUUUAGAGAACACAGUGACUUAGAUUUGUGGAGAGUAUUAGAGGAGGUUUGCAAAUCAUGUACUAAUAAUUGCAUCAUCCUAGUUUGUUGUCCUUGUUUGUAUUUUUUUAUCACCCAUAGAGACCGACUUCAUGAAACAGAGAGCGGAUUGUUAAAUACAGUGAAAGAAACAUUUUAAGAUCAUUUGUGCUUGAUUACAGUGAUGAACGUCACAUAAAAUUAAGACGAAUACUCCAAAUUCGUACAAUUUUUACAAAAGGUUUCAGCCACAAUUCUGCUUUAAUUCUGCUGCCCACAACCUUAUUUUCCUUUGUUAUCUCGAUUUACUUCGCACAUUUUCACUAUUAGGAAACAGCUACAAAAACUCCGAUACCACAGACACCAUGAAACACUCGAAGUAGCUAGUUUCAUUUCUUUUAACCUUUACCUUUGAGGCACUUUUCUUAACACUGUAUGUGUUGCGGUUUUUACUCUUUGAGUCCUUAGUGUCCCGACAAACAUUGUUUCAUGAUGCAAGUUGCGUUAAUUCCCCUGAUUUUGAAAUUUCAGCUGUUCUAUCGUAAUAAAUCCCUAUUAGAAGGUAUUUUCCCCUUAGUUCAGGCCCAUUCGUCAAUUUGUUUUAUAAAAUAAUUCAAAUAGUACGCGCGCUCUGAUUGGCCAUAAAACCAUUUUACAUGAGCGUAUGUAAACACGGUUUUCCUUCCUCUUCCAUUGGUUAUUUUAUAAAAGAAAUGUAAAAUGGUUUCCGUGUUUACAUAGCCUGAUGUAAACACGCGGGAGAUUGGGAGAACACUCGAUAAGCUGGAAACCACUCCGCUUCGCGUCGUGGUUUCCUACACUUAUCUCGUGUUCUCCCAACCUCCCGCGUGUUUACAUCAGGCUAUGUAAACACGGAAACCAUUUUACAUUUCUUCAAUAACCAACGUACAUUAUUAUGUCAAUAUUCAUUUUCCAGUAUUUUAAGCAUUGUAGUUAUAUAUCCCAUUUUUUUAAUACAUUCUGCUAGUCAUUUUAUUGGGGAUAAAUAAGGCUUAUUGUUUCUUUCUUACUAAUUUAAAUGUGGAACAUCGACUGAAAUUUUGAAAAGUAUAAUUUGAACCUUAUUACUGUCCUUAUAUUACAACAAGAAGAGUUUCAUUUGCUCGACUUGUUUCUCUUCAAGAGCUUAGACGAGGUGGUAAGAUAACAGUACUAGAAAUAUUCUGCUAAUGUUGUUAGGUGCAGUUAAAGGUUGCUGUUGAGAGCACCAAGGGAAUGGAUACAGAGUUUGCUGAGGCAGGGUCAAACUUCAGUGUUGGUCAGCGUCAACUAGUUUGUUUAGCUCGGGCCAUUCUGAGGCAGAACAAGAUUCUGGUGAUUGACGAAGCCACGGCGAACGUGGACCCCAGGUUUGUGAAUCACUGAAUUGGAUUACACCUAUGUUCAGUUUAUUUCUGUACAUACUAACCUUUAUUCUGCGGAAGAACACGUAUUCUUACUUAUGUUGUUACUGUUGGUGUCAUUUCGAUCGAAUUGUCGCAUGCUGAUAAUAUAUUAUCAUUGUAUUGUUACUUAUAACACUACGGUAGACCAACUUUCCUUUGCAAGCCAUCUUAUUCUUUGCUUCAUUGUGAAAUUAUAUGUAAAGGUGAAAACUAAGGUAAAGAAAUUUUCAUUUGAAUGUUGAAAGCGAAACAGGGAUUUCAUCUGAUUUAUUUUGUGUCACUGAAGUUUGUGAUUGGUCUAAAAAAGGUGCACUAAUUUAUAAUAACUCAGGUGCAAAUCUUAAAAUUUAUAGCAACUUAGUUAUUAAUAGCGACUAAGCGACUUAGUGUUGAAUUUUUGUCGUUACUUUUAGGACAGAUGCCUUGAUCCAGGCCACCAUCCGAGAAAAGUUUAAGCACUGCACAGUGUUGACGAUCGCUCAUCGUCUUCAUACAAUUAUGGAUUCAGACAGAGUUAUGGUACUGACCCACUAAGAAUGAAUUCAUCUUGAAUUUAAUGUCAGUGUCUGCGCACCUACCCUUCAUUAACCCAACUUUAACGCUAGCUUGUCAUCAGUUGACUGUCGAUGCGUUAGGGGAGGAGUAGGUGCGCAGUUGAUCAGAUACUAACAUUAAUCCCAUCAACUUUCCCUCUCUGCAGUCGAAGCAUUUUCACUCGUGUUGACGAAAAGAUUUAAACACGUGGCAUGGCGAUCGCCAUUGAUAUGCUAACGUUAUGGGAAAAUCCCGUUUGACAUUUUGGGAGAACAGUGUGGGAAAAUCUUGUGUUUGUUUUUUCUUAACUUCACUAUUUUGCCUUUUAGGGUAAGACCUUGCUGUUUAGUGAAUCCGAACAAAUGGGAUAUAUCAGUUUCAUAAUGCUGCUUGUGCUAAGUUCAUUGUUAACCUAUCAGCUGCGUUAUAAUUUAGUUUGUAAAUAGAGCUUUAUGUUUUGGAUCUAAUACUGUACUAUAGUUCAACGAAUUAAGAAUACUUUUUAUCGUAAUAUUUCUCCGAGUGUAAGUCGAAAUUUCAAAUUUAAUACACGACAAUUUAAAUGAAGGUUUUUGACAUUGAGACGAUGUAAAUUGGCUUUAAAGGCCAAGAAAUAGAAACCUUUUCUUUUUCAGUUUUUCGUCGGGCUCGAGCCGUGCAGUUGACAGUUUUUGUCUUUUUCGUUUGUUCUACGAAUAACUCGUCUGUGUCUCUUUGAUUGACGCGUGUGAACUAAAAAUAGCAGUAACGGUAAUCCAUAAAACUACGCAAAUUAACAUAGCUGAUAAAUCGACUAUGGCAUAAGCAACAUCAUAAUCUGACAACGAUCGGAAAUGCACUCAACAAAUGGGCUUUUCCCCAGAAAACAAUAUCUUGAACUUGCUGGAAAAAAUCAUUGGAUGAUUUUUUGAGACCAGUCCCAAAAACUGUUUUAACGGGAUUUCCCCUUUAUCUAAGGGGUGAUUGUAAGGCCACGCCCACUAUUUGAACUCUUUUUCUUUGGUGAACACCAGCGAAAAUCGUUUGAUUGCGAAGAAGGAAAGUAGGAUUUCUGGCGCUCUAAAUAUCACUGGCCGUGACCGAGUAAGACUCUUUCAAGUUCUCUUCAGACUGAGAUAUUAAAUGUUUCUUUCAUCUUAUUCUUUCAGGUUUUAGAUGAAGGGAGGCUGAAAGAAUUUGAUGCUCCAUAUACGCUUCUAAAGAACCCCAAAACAACUUUUGCUCAGUUAGUGUCUCAGACAGGACCAACAGAGGCAGGACGAUUGUUCGAGAUAGCUCGGCAAAAGUUUUACUCAAAGAAAUCCAUACCAGAAGUGGCGGAAGAGGAGAUAGACGGGCAACGGAAAGAUUUUUUGGAUGAGUUUUCCUCGUCGAAUACCUUGACUGCUAUUGUUCCUAACGGAAAUGGCAUCGAGUCUCAACUCCAGUUUGAGUCCACUAUAUAGUUAUUUAGUAUCUUUUUACACAUCACACGUACACUGAAAUGAUCUUUAUAAACACUGUCAGAGCUUUGAUUACGUUGUGAAAGGUUUCUAUUUUUUAUAUCGUAUAUAAAUUAUUAUAAUUACAUAUUAUAAUUAUUUUUACGAUAAUGUAGAGUCAAUAUUAGUUUUCGGUGGCAAACUUUCCUUUCGGCGAUGACGAUGUAGGGCUGGACCUUCGGACACGGUCACCAGUCCGUACGCUUGUCGCCCACUUUAGAAUGCUUUUAGUUCACAAAUUCUAAUAAUUAGGCUAAUUUGACUUUCAAAAGAUUUCCUUUCGUUAAUUUAAUUUCAAAAUAGAUUUGAUGGAGAGUUAUGGAUUUUUAUUUCUUAUUUUAUUUCUAUUUUUUUUUUUGAAAAAAUAAACUGGGUAAGUCUUUCCUAGAGUAUUGAGUGGUAUGUUGCUCACACCAAUCAGAUCGCUGCAUCGAGGUAUGUAUCUCGCAACGACCAAGUCACGGCAUCGAGGCAUUUUUGCACCAAUCGGAGUAUCAGGGCACUGUCCCUCAUAUCAGUCAUGUCGUGGAAUUAGGGUCUCGUUACGCAGUAGGGAUGGAGAGAGAGAGAGCGUCGCGUGAUGAGACCAAAAAACGGCUGCGAAGGAGACUACAGUAAGCGUGACACUAAUGCAGUUAAUUUCUCCUUUUAAAAAGCUAUUCCCACAACAGCAACAACAGACCUUAAACUGCCUUUGCGUAAGCUUAUUUCAUAUAAAUUGGAAUGAUUUUUUUUACUGUUUGAUCAAGCAGCGUGUUACCAAAUCGAAAAUGGACUUUUGACCUCAAGUGCUUCAGAUGUAGAUUUAUCAUAAAGCAAGUAGUGUCAUGAUGUUCUAAACAAAGAAAACUGUUUGGUACAGUAAUUAUUUCUUUACUAUGUUACUUAAUGCAGUUAUAUUAGAUAUAUAGUUUCGAUAUUUUUCAAAGAUUUCCUGUAGCAUAUAUUGACAGCCUGAAAAGUUGAAAGAAAUGUAGUUCAUGCGACUAAGUUGAAGUCAACAAAUAAUAUUCUCCAUGAAAGAAAAAUUUUACGAUUUUGUAAUUAAAUUGAGACACUGAUACUCUACUAUACUUUUGAUCUAUAACUAAAAGAUGAGUGUGGUGUUGCAGCAUGUUAAUUGAGUUGGCC